AUGGCUGCCGUACAACAACUUCUGGCGAGCCCGUCGCCAAGCCCAGCAGCGCAACCCAGCGGCUUCAAUGCCAAUACUGCAGCAUCUGGUGUCGGGACGGAUAGUACAAGCCACAGCCCCUUCUUGCUACAUGGCCGAUCCUUACGAGGGGCUCCGGAAGAGGGCGACAGGAGAAUCGCCGUCAUCGUCUUCGGCCAUGGUCAAGAACGGGUACUUUCCCUUGUUGCCGAAGUUCUGGGCAAGCCUUUCAAGUUGAAACGCUCCUUCCAGGAUGUAAAAGACGAGGAUGAUGGAUUCGUCGUUGGCAUCCCGGCAGCAGAUGCAGCCGCAAGCAUCGCGGAUAGGGAUAGACAGCAGGUGGUGGCUGUCAACACACAUUGUGUCACCAUGGGCAUGCCUCCGCAUAAAACGUUGUCGACAUAUUGUGACUACGAGUUUCUCUACGUGGAAUCUCCCUACUUCCGCCGGUCCCUAUCGCGAUUCCUUUCCUUUACGAUGGGUCAAAUAAGCCAUCACGAAGAGCUCAUGGCGAAACCAAGAACACUGUUCAUGUCGACUACUUUUCCAGAUGUUCGUGCCGCUUUGCCCAACCUCGACAUCCUUACUGUCGGCCCUGAUGCCAUAGAGAUCAGGGUCGACCUGCUUCGCGAGCCCCUUCCAGACGGCAGAUUCUCUGACGUCCCUAGUUUGAGCUACGUCGGUGAACAGGUCAUGCUGCUGCGGGAGCGCACCGAACUACCCAUCAUCUUCACGACACGAUGUACCAACGAGAACGGCAGGUUUCCAAUGGAUGAUCCGACCCUUUAUCACAGAUACCUGUACAGAGCCAUACAGUGGGGGAUCGAGUAUAUUGACGUCGAGCUUUGGCUGCCCGAUCAUAUUCGACGAGACUUGUGGCAACGCAGAGGCAACUCACGCAUCAUGUCGGCCUUCCACGACUUUUCAGGAAACUUUAGAUGGCCAUCCCACUACGCCCAAGAGGUGUUUCGGCGAUCCUGUCUGUACGCCGACAUUGUCAAAAUGAUUGCCAUUAUCAACGACCACAACGAAAACUUCGACUUGGAAUACUUUCGUUCAAGGGUCAAGGCGGAUUAUCCUGGCGCCCCUCCGCUUUCUGCCGUCAACAUGGGAAAAACUGGCCAGUUUUCAAGAACGCAAAACAAAGUCUUUACGCCAAUCACGCACCCCCUUCUUCCCAUCAUCGCAGCACCGGGGCAGAUGAGCGCAUCGGAAAUCCACGGGGCAUUGGUCCAGCUAGGCCAACUGCCUCUGAAAAGAAUAUACGGCGUCGGCGCGUCAGUAUCGCGCAGUGCAGGUCCUCAAGCAUCCUUUUACGAAAAGUGCUUCAACGAGCUGGGAUUGCCGCACAGAUUCGGCAUCAUUGAGAGGCAGCCGAGCGACUUUGCUGGCAUGGAAGCGUGGUGCAACCAACGGGACUUUGGAGGCGCUUACCUCGACCCUGGCGUUUCGGUCCAGACUCUCUGCAAGCACAACAGGUUCUUUGCGAGUCUGAACAACGGCCGAGGCCCUACCUUGACGGAAGCCGCUCGAGCCAUUGGCAUUGCCGACACCAUUGUUGCGAAAUCAGCAUCUUCGAUGACAUGCACACCACCUUCGAUGCCAUCCAGCCCCCACGAUCGGCGGGCAUCCCAAGGUUGCGGUGACUUGUCUCCAGAUUCCUGCCUCGUAUUUGAUAAUGCUGGAUGGAGAGGUAUUAUGCACACGUUGAUUUGGGACCUGGCUCCGUCGGCGUACUUUGGCCGCUCGGCUGUCGUUUUGGCGGCUUCGUCUGACGACGCAGCGCCAGUUUUCUACGCCCUGAAGGCCUUGAAGAUUGCCAAGAUAUACACCGUCGGCUUCCGCACCCCGCCAGCACUGGCUCUCCACGCGCCAGUGAUUGAGCAGUUCAUCAGCAUGGAGAGUUUGCAACGCGCCAGAUCAGUGGCCGACGAUCAGGGCCCGUUCGUCAUCGUUUCGGCCCUCGGUCCAGACAAGGGAGCUCUCGUGAGCAUGCUGCUACGCGCCUUUGCGGCCGGAGGAAGAGAAGGGGCACCGAGUUUCAACAAGGUCUUCCUCAACCUGGCCGACGUGGCUGCUGGGAAGUCGAUCAAUCCCCACGAGACGGCCGAGAAGAGCGGGUUUGCGUCAUACGGCGCCGCGGACGUCGCUGCCUUUACCUCUGUCGAGAGCUUGAGGCUCCUCAUUGGCCAGAAUGUGCCUUAUAGCUUUGUCAGGCUGGCAAGCGGCCGACACUACCCCUUCUGA